ACAUACAUUAGCCAAGACCAAAUCGAAGCAAGAAAUCGAGUCGUGCGUACGUUGCGUGGUUACAUCAUAAACUGCACUCUACUUGCAAUUGCAGAUCGAGAUCAGCUGCAUCGAUCGAUGAGGGUCGUGGUUGAGGCUGCUGCACUCAGGAGGAUGCCUUCCCUCGAGCGGGAGCCCAAGACGCUCUCCCUCCACGAGCUCAACUGCGCCAGGGAGGCAGCGUUGUACGUGCUGAGCACGCACUCUUCGCAGGACGCCGCCAGAAUCUUCACCCAGGGUCUCAAGCCGGUUCUCGUCGCCAGAAGCAAUUCCACGGACUCCGACUCCGACGAUGACCAUGACGGGGACGUGUUUGAGCCGGACGGGGCGUUCGUCGACGCUGAUCACGACGGCGCGCGUCGCCUCCGCCACCCGCGUGGCCGCAUCGCCAACAAACGGGACUUCGCUACAGCACCCUUCUAAUUUAACUAUGCUUCGAUCAGUCACAUGCGAAGUAGCCGCAUGUACUAAACCGGUUUCAUCUUUGGUGUUGGUACCUGUUUGAUUCAUAUGGAUAUGGGCUAGCCAUGUGAGUUUUGCACCAAGUUUUGCCUAGGAUGCGUGGUACCAAAAAGGUACCGCGUGCGUAGAAGAAGAUCCAUGUGUACAUGUUUUGGAUGUCAUAUAUAUAUUGUACAGUUCCUUUUUGUUUUCA